UCCAGCUAGGAGAGAGGCAGAGCCGUGGUGGCAGCAGCCGAGCAGGAGCAGCUGCGAUUCCGGUGAUUAAAUAGUUCUUAUAGCCUUUUUGCUAUACAGGGUCUGCUCCCUGGUGUAAUUCUUAUGUCCAAGAAGGAAGCUGCAGUUUAACGGUGUGCUGUACAGAGGUUUGAAUCAUUCCAGCUGGCUGCUUGUUUUGAAAAGGACAAUGUGUGUAUAAAUAAAAAGACUGCUGGAAGAGUUCAGACACUAGGACUGGAGCUCAGGACUGCUCUCCGGAUACUGUUGAGGCAGAUGGUGUGAACUGAGAGCUCGCUCUAAUUAACCUGGAGGAAAGUGAACCUGAAUCCUGGAUAUCUCUUUUUCUAACUCUGGAUAAAUUCAAGUUAGCAAAAGAAAAAAAAAAUGAAAUACUUCUCUAGAUAAUGCUUAAAGGAGUCUUCAGCAAUUCUGGGUAUUGGACAUAAACAAAAUAUCUUCAAUUGUUGCCUUCCUGGUCCACUGCCUUCCAGCUUUGACUCAUUUGUGACCCCUUCACUUAUUUCACAUGAUUUGCAAUGGUUACAUGAAUACUUGGGAAGUUGUAUCUGCCCCAUCUCAUACUUCAUUCACCAUGACUUUUUAGGAAUAGAAAUUGGAAAAAGCUCACAGAGCAUUCAUUUAAAAGAUGAAUCUUAUUGUGAGGUUUCGGAGAAGCUUUCGAACACUGAUUGUUCUCUUAGCUACCUUUUGCUUGGGAAGCAUUGUCAUCUCUGCCUAUUUCCUCUACUCUGGCUACAAACAGGAAAUGACACUUAUUGAAACCACUGCAGAAGCAGAAUGUGCUGACAUCAAAAUUCUACCUUAUCGGUCCAUGGAGCUGAAAACCAUUAAACCUAUUGAUACAUCCAAAACCGACCCCACGGUCCUCCUCUUUGUGGAGAGCCAAUACUCCCAACUGGGUCAAGAUAUCAUAGCAAUCUUGGAGUCUAGCAGAUUUCAGUACCAAAUGGUCAUUGCCCCAGGUAAGGGAGACAUACCUCCUCUUACAGAUAGUGGCAAAGGUAAAUACACUUUAAUUAUUUAUGAAAACAUUCUGAAGUAUGUCAGCAUGGACUCAUGGAACCGGGAGCUAUUAGAAAAAUACUGUGUAGAAUACAGUGUUAGUAUAAUCGGUUUUCAUAAAGCCAAUGAGAACAGCUUACCAAGUACGCAACUGAAAGGCUUUCCCUUAAACCUUUACAACAACCUGGCUUUGAAGGACUGCUCUGUCAACCCCCAGUCUCCUCUGCUGCAUAUUACCAAAGGCCCCAAGGUGGAAAAGGGGCCUCUUCCUGGGGAGGAUUGGACAGUUUUCCAAUAUAAUCAUUCAACAUACCAGCCUGUCCUUUUGACUGAAUUACAAACAGAAAAGUCCCUCUUGUCCAGCAAAACAUUGUAUGCAACCAUCAUUCAGGAUCUGGGCCUUCAUGAUGGCAUUCAGAGAGUUCUUUUUGGCAACAACCUGAACUUUUGGCUGCACAAGCUCAUCUUCAUAGAUGCUAUCUCCUUCUUGUCUGGGAAGAGACUGACCUUGUCAUUGGACAGGUACAUCCUUGUGGACAUUGAUGAUAUAUUUGUGGGGAAGGAGGGAACAAGGAUGAAUGUCAAGGACGUGAAGGCAUUACUAGAGACUCAAAAUUUACUGCGCACUCAGGUUGCAAAUUUUACCUUCAACCUUGGAUUUUCAGGGAAGUUUUACCACACAGGGACUGAAGAGGAAGAUGAAGGAGAUGACCUUUUGCUUCGGUCUGUGGAUGAGUUCUGGUGGUUCCCUCACAUGUGGAGCCACAUGCAGCCCCACCUCUUCCACAAUGAAUCUUCGUUAGUUGAACAGAUGAUUCUCAACAAGGAAUUUGCCUUGGAACACGGAAUACCCAUCAACAUGGGUUAUGCUGUGGCCCCACAUCACUCUGGGGUCUAUCCAGUUCAUAUCCAGCUGUACACAGCUUGGAAGAAGGUUUGGGGCAUUCAGGUCACCAGCACUGAAGAAUACCCACAUCUGAAACCUGCACGCUACAGGAAGGGCUUCAUUCACAACAGCAUCAUGGUUCUCCCUCGACAGACUUGUGGAUUAUUCACUCACACUAUUUUCUACAAAGAGUAUCCAGGAGGACCCCAGGAACUGGAUAAAAGUAUCAAAGGAGGAGAACUUUUCCUCACAGUCCUUCUAAACCCAAUCAGCAUUUUCAUGACCCAUUUGUCUAACUAUGGGAAUGACCGCCUAGGCUUAUAUACCUUUUUGAACUUGGCCAGCUUUGUGCACAAUUGGACCAACCUGAAACUGCAAACUCUGCCUCCAGUACAACUAGCCCACAAGUACUUCGAGCUGUUUCCUGAGCAGAAAGACCCCCUGUGGCAGAAUCCGUGUGACGACAAACGGCAUAAAGACAUCUGGUCCAGGGAGAAAACGUGUGACCAUUUACCAAAAUUCCUUGUGAUUGGGCCACAAAAAACAGGAACAACUGCACUUUAUUUAUUUCUUCUUAUGCACCCUUCCAUCAUCAGCAAUCUCCCUAGCCCAAAAACAUUUGAAGAAGUUCAGUUUUUUAAUGGCAACAACUAUCACAAGGGAAUUGACUGGUAUAUGGACUUUUUUCCUACUCCUCCCAACAUUACCAGUGAUUUUGUAUUUGAAAAGAGUGCUAACUACUUCCAUUCUGAAGAUGCUCCCAAGAGAGCUGCAUCUCUUGUCCCCAAAGCCAAGAUCAUCACCAUCCUCAUUGACCCCUCAGAUAGGGCGUAUUCUUGGUACCAGCAUCAACGAUCUCAUGAAGACCCAGCUGCCAUGAGGUUUAAUUUCUAUGAAGUUAUUACAACAGGACAUUGGGCACCCCCUGACUUAAAAACACUACAGAGGAGAUGUCUGGUACCAGGCUGGUAUGCGGUUCACAUAGAAAGAUGGCUGUCCUACUUUGCUACUUCCCAGUUUCUAAUUAUUGAUGGACAGCAGCUGAGAACUGACCCAGCUACUGUGAUGGAUGAAAUCCAGAAGUUUCUGGGAGUUACACCUCAUUAUAAUUACUCUGAAGCACUAACAUUUGAUCCCCAAAAGGGCUUUUGGUGUCAACUGUUAGAAGGAGGAAAGACCAAAUGUCUUGGAAAAAGCAAAGGCCGAAAAUAUCCACCCAUGGAUCCAGAGUCCAGAACCUUCCUCUCUAAUUACUACCGAGACCACAAUGUGGAACUGUCCAAACUGCUGCACAGGCUGGGGCAGCCGCUGCCAUCGUGGUUGAGACAGGAGCUGCAGAAAGUGAGAUAGCAGUGAAAACUCGAACGUGUCUGCUAAGAUUCCACUUCACUACUGAGUAGAAAAACAAAUCUUACAUUUAUUCCUAUAACACAUUUGUGAUUCUCAAGAAAGGAAUGUGUGAAUAAAUCUUCUUCAAACUUUUACAUAAAAUUAAAACAUAUAUGCACGCAUUGGCAAUUAUUAGCAUUAAUCCCUAUGUAAGUUUUUGAAAAAAAUAUGGAGUUCUGUGGCAGUACCCAGUUUCUACUACGGAGAACAUCAUGCAGCUGCUUCUGUUAAUCAGAAAGUUUGAGAACUCUACAUGACUAAUAAUGCAGAUAAUAUGCAAAUAACCAAUUACAGUUUUUGAGAAAAAGUUAAGGACUAAAGUGUCUGUCAAUGAAAUUAACAGUAACCCAAUAUCUGAAUUAAGGGCUAAAGUUUUCCAUUUAUUAAUGUAUCCCAUUCCUUUUGCCCAUUUUCCUCUUGUUAAAGGGGACUAGUAACAAGGGUCCAUGUUCACUGAUAGUUCUUUGAUAUCAGGCAGGACAUGCCAUCCACAGUGAAUCCUUUACUGUGACUCCAACAAAAUCUCAAGUUUUGGUAGGACAGGAGAGUGUGAUUCUGUACUGUGUUACUAUGAUAUGUAAGGCCAUCUUGAAAUGGGUAAACAAUCUUACUACCCAUCAGUUGAAGUAUUCCCACAAUGACAGUGAUAUAUUACUAUCCAAAUUUUAAAAAACACCUUUACUGAUAAAGAGAUGAAAUGAAAACACCAAUAUAUGUUUUUAGGUGUCAUAAAGUCUUGUACCUUCAAUAUGAUUAUGUCCAUCUCUUUACAGCAUGGAUGUUAUUAUAUACACCAAUGAAUGUACCAUAGGAGAAAGUAAUGCUCAUGUUAUGGUGAUUUUAACAUAUACCUAAAACUUAGAUUAUAUGUAAAACUUUCCUCUUUAUAUGUACUCAUUCUGUAACUUGAACCCAGUUUCUCAAAUAUGAUACCCAAAAAUUAAUUUUGAGACAAAAAGUGUUUUUUUUCUACUAGAGUUAUGACUUCCUAUCUUAUUUAGAGGUCAUUCUCAAGCCAGUUGGAUUUUUAUCCUGUAUGUCAGUGAUGAUAUAGUAAAGUUUUGUCAAUCUUUUCACUGAUACAUGAAGGUAAAAUUUCAACAGAACAGUAAAUCAAUCUGACUAAGUAACAGGCCCAUCAA